AUGUUUGAAUGGAAAAUCUUAAAUCAAAUACGUUUUACCUGUGCAAAAAUUAACCAACACACUCCUCGGCGUUAUGUUAACUUCGACGUGCACUUUGAACUACUCUCAAAAAGUUUAUCACCGUUUUUCGAAGCUCGAAUUUGUUUACAUGAAAUUGUUAAUCAGUAUUGCAACAUCCCAGAUGAGAGUCUGUACUUUAAUUCCCUUAAAUUCGCACGAAAAUAGAUUGAACAGUGCGUACUUCAAUCUAACGAAAAAAAAACAUACCGACAUAACCUUAAAUUCUGUAAGGGAUAAAAAAGAUUUAACAGCCAAGGUAAACGUUUAUUCGUUAUGAUACAUCUUGCUUAAAGUAUCUUAAGUUUUAACAAUUUAUAGUAAUAACACAUCUUUAAUAUAUGUAUUCAUUUUUUUACAAUAUAUCUACUAAAGUCUAAAGGAAUGACCUGAGGUGUUUCUUUGUACAGCGCAUUGCGAAAUGAUGUUCCAUUAAGCACUGUGCCGUACACUGGGAAGAAACACCUCAGGAUUAAAUGUACACAAAUGUAAAUAGCGAGGACUGGCCUUAGUUUACUUUUGGGAGGUGG